CGCACCGCCAUCUUAGAAUUUCUCCAAGGUUUUUUCCAACUUACGGUUAAAGUUGAAUAACUUUUGUGGAGAUGUCGUUACUGAAUAAGAAAAAGAAGUCUUUUAUUGGAGUACCUGCUCCUCUUGGCUACGUACCCGGUCUUGGAAGAGGUGCUACUGGCUUUACGACCCGGUCAGAUAUCGGUCCUGCUAGGGAUGCUACGGAUAUAAGCGAUGAGAGGCAUGGAAAACCAGGCUUUGCAAAUGAAAAGAAGCCUCAAGAGGAAGAUGAAGAGGAAGAUUUAAAUGACACAAAUUAUGACGAGUUUGCAGGAUAUGGUGGAAGCUUGUUCUCAAGCUGUCCUUAUGAGAAAGAUGAUGAAGAAGCAGAUGCCAUUUAUGAUUCCAUUGAUAGAAGAAUGGAUGAUAGAAGAAAAGAGAGAAGAGAGAAACGUUUUAAGGAAGAGAUUGAGCAAUAUCGUCAGGAAAGGCCUAAGAUUCAGCAGCAGUUUUCUGAUCUCAAGCGGAAACUGGGUGAGGUAUCUGAAGAUGACUGGUUGAGUAUUCCAGAAGUUGGUGACUACAGAAACAAGAAGCAGAGAAAUCCAAGGACAGAAAAAUUUACUCCAGUUCCUGACAGUGUCCUGCACAGUGCACUGAUAAGUGGCGAGAAAAUAACAACUCUUGACUCACGGCAACAGAAAUUUGGUGGUUUCCAGACUCCUUUCCCUGGAGGUAUCACACCUGGAGGAAUGACAACAGGUUUUUCAACACCAUCAGCAGAUCUUGACUUGAUCAAAAUUGGAGAAGCUAGAAAAUCACUUGUUGGUGUUAAGCUAGAUCAGGUUGGAUAGCUGCUGCCCGAUUGGAGGAAGUGACAGGCCGCAUGCAAGCUGCACGAAACACAAUCAUGAAAGGGACAGAAGUUUGCUCAAAGAACGAAGAUGUGUGGCUUGAGGCUAUUCGUCUGCAGCCCCCCGAGACAGCCAAAUCCGUUUGCGCUCAAGCAGUUGGUCAGCUUCCUCAAUCUGUCCGAUUGUGGAUCAAGGCUGCUGCUCUUGAAGAUGAGACUAAAGCAAUGAAGAGAGUGUACAGAAAAGCUUUGGAGCAGAUUCCAAACUCGGUUAGGAUUUGGAAAGCUGCUGUUGAGUUAGAAGGACCUGAGGAUGCGCAGAUUAUGUUAAGCAGAGCAGUAGAAUGCUGUCCCACAAGUGUAGAGCUUUGGCUCGCGCUCGCGCGACUGGAGACUUAUGAAAAUGCAAGGAAGGUUUUGAACAAAGCUCGAGAGAAUAUCCCAACUGACAGGCAGAUUUGGAUAACUGCGGCCAAACUGGAAGAAGCUAACAGCAAUCUUCCUAUGGUGGAGAAAAUCAUUGACAGAGCUGUAACGUCAUUGAAAGCUAAUGGCGUGGAAAUUAACAGGGAUUUGUGGAUAAAAGAUGCGGAGGAAAGUGAGAAAGCAGGCAGCGUGGUCACAUGUCGAGCCAUUAUAGAUACUGUUAUAGGUAUUGGUGUUGAAGAGGAAGACAGAAAGCACACUUGGAUGGAGGACGCAAAUAGUUGUAUCGCCAAUAAUGCGUUUGAAUGUGCAAGAGCCAUCUAUGCGCAUGCUCUGUCCGUGUUCCCCAGUAAAAAGAGCGUUUGGCUGAGAGCUGCACACUUCGAAAAGAAUCAUGGGACGAGGGAAUCUUUAGAGGCUUUGUUACAGAAUGCUGUCAAGCAUUGCCCCAAAGCAGAGAUACUGUGGCUCAUGGGCGCUAAGUCCAAGUGGAUGGCUGGUGAGAUCAAUCAAGCUCGUUCAAUCUUGGCGUUAGCUUUCCAAGCCAAUCCGAAUAGCGAGGAGAUUUGGUUGGCGGCCGUCAAACUGGAGAGUGAAAAUAAUGAAGAUCAGAGAGCCAGGAAACUUCUUCAGCGAGCAAGACUUAACGCUUGUACACCAAGGGUCAUGAUGAAAUCCAUCAAGCUGGAAUGGGUGCUGAGGAGUCUUUCUGAGGCGGAAAAACUCUUAGGCGAGGCUGUUCAAAAUUAUCCAGAUUUUGCAAAGUUGUGGAUGAUGAAAGGACAAAUACAUGAAGAGUUGGAUCAGUUGGAUAAUGCGAGAGAAUCAUACAAACUGGGGACCAAGAAGUGUCCUCACUCCGUUCCAAUCUGGCUAUUGUUGGCUAAGCUUGAAGAAAAUGCUGGGCACGCCACUAAAGCAAGAUCAGUGUUGGAACAGGCGCGACAGAAAAAUCCAAAGUGUGCAGAAUUAUGGCUCGAAGCAGUUCGAAUCGAAACGAGAGGAGAACGAAGAGAAUUUGCAAAAACCUUAAUGGCCAAAGCCAUGCAAGAAUGUCCCGCUUCAGGCAUUCUCUGGGCGGAAGCAAUUUUCAUGGAGAACAGGCCACAGAGGAAGACUAAAAGUGUUGAUGCUCUCAAGAGAUGUGAACAUGAUUCACAUGUGCUGCUUGCCGUGGCUAGGUUGUUUUGGAGCGAAAGAAAAAUUAAUAAAGCAAGAGAGUGGUUCAACAGAGCUGUCAAACUCGACCCAGAUCUCGGCGACUCGUGGGCUUGUUUUUACAGAUUUGAAUUGCAACAUGGAACAGAGGCUCAACAAGAGAGUGUUAUGCAACGGUGCGUGCUGGCCGAGCCUCAUCAUGGGGAGAACUGGUGCGCGGUUUCCAAAGCUAUUCCAAACUGGAGGCUCCGAACCAAAGAUAUUCUGGUCAUUGUGGCUAAAUCGCUGAAAUCCAUUGAGAAGGAAUAACGGUAAUGAACUGUAGAUAGGUAAGAUGAUGUGGUGCGAAGUCCUGGAUGGAUUGAACAGUUCAUCGCUCGCGUAGACUGCUAUUUAGGGAGAGAUCUCUUCAAGAACGACGCACCGCACGCGCGUGUUUGUAAAUACACGCGUGUGUAACUCGCGGAAAGACCGACCUUACAACAGACUGUUGUAUACUAGUAACUCUUGUUAAAGGGAGAAAGGCACAUUUUCACUCACUGUAAGAUAUCAACGACAACGUUCUUGUUUUUGCAUCAAUAUUACGACAGAAUUCUCUUGUUCUCUUG